UGAUUUGCUUUCGCUUAUAACACUCGUCGACGUUCAAACUCGCUCCUUCGUACCUGAAUUGUCGUACAAAAUAAGGCGAUCAAGCAAAACAAAAGACGGAGCCAAGACUGUUGUACGAGUGCAUAGGCCUAUUACAUACAGGAUACUGAGGAGACUAUCAUGCCCAAAGAGCGCCAGACUUGUACGCGAUGCUCUCAAAGACGGCAGAAGUGCGAUCGGAAGGCACCUUGUACGAGAUGCGUGCAGAACAACGAAGGCCAUCUAUGCACGACCAAAUGGGUCAACGGAUACAACCCAAAUGUCCAUCGCAAAUAUCCCAGGAAGCUCUCGGCAACCGGUUCAAGCGAGACUUCUUCGUCCGGUCCAUCUCCUGAUGCCAAUGCUCAGAUCGCGCUACCCGUGGUCCAUCCACAAACAGCAGGCACUCAAUCGGGUCGGAACGAGCCGCAUGAGGAUGCAGUUUGGCGAACCGGGUUGCCGGACAUCACGAUUAGCGCUAUAUUAAAUGAGAAAGAUUCAGACGCGAAUCAGAGCCUUUUCGACAAGAGCUUCUCCUACGCCCGGUCAAAACGACCGCAACGGGAUGGGCCGAACGGGUCGACCUCUAUUGCGAGCUGCUACUCGAAUGCAGCAAGGACAGUGGAAACACAAUACUUGCAGUCGAUUCUACCGCCGAGAGAAAAGUUAAUGCUCAUUGUGGAGUACUACGCACAGUACAUGAUGUACUGGAAUGGCGGCAUCUAUCAUGCGCCGAGCUUUCGAAAGAGACUGCUUCAGGCUUAUGGCCAGUCGUAUGAGCUUGAUUUGCAGGACCUCGACUGGAAAUGGACAGCACUCUUGUUUGCGAUCCUCUCAUCCAGUAUCAUUGGCUCUUCAGAAACAGUUUCAAUGUCAUGGGGCUUCUCGAUGGAUGACAAAGUCCAGCUAGCACGAUUAUGGGGCGCAGCAUCCAUUUCAUGCUUGAACCUUGGAAAUUAUACAUCGCAAUACAGCAUUCACUCGGUCCAGGCGAUUUAUAUCAUGCAUGCGUAUGAACAUCUAGCUGGCUCAACCAAUCAAUGGAUCGCGCUUCGUGCCGUGGGUGUAGUCGUUGCCAAAGGGCUUGGUUUGCACAAACUUGGGCCCCAUCCGGACGACGCCAUGAUAGCUGAUUUGGACCCAAAACGGAAGGAAGCCUUCAUCGAGCGUGAGAUUGGUCGAAGGGUAUGGUAUGCAGUUGUAUGUCAGGAUUGGUUGUGUUGUACUUCAUCAGCCUCUUACACGUUGACACUUCAAUGGCGGCACUUUACGAGUGCAAGACCACGCGAAUUAGACGAAGAAACCAUGACGCCCGUCACCGAUACAGAAACGCCAACAAUCGUAGGCGUCACAAACUGUUCUUUUGACUGCGCUGCGUUGCUUCUCGAUGUCCACAACGCGAUGGUGGAACUUGAGAGCAAAGACGACACUAUCAAAUACGCCACAAUCCUCAAAUUCGAUGGCGAGAUGCGUGCUUUUUGUGCGGAGAAGUUGCCAAAAUGCUUCUCUCCUCGGACACCGAACAAUCCCAGCUGGCCUCCAUGGGUCUUCUGGGCGAGACGGCUACACCAGGCAUCAACACACCAUAAGAUCAUUAUGAUUCAUCAAAAUUUCUUGAGCAAGAGCUUCAAGGACGUCCGCUACACGUACAGCCGGUGGGCCUGUAUGAGCGCUUCGCAGAGUCUUAUCAAUCUAUACACCACUCGGGAUGCACAAGAGCCGCAAUGGUGGGUUGAGCAAGCCUUCAUCAUCACCGCCGGUAUUUGCCUCAUUUUGGAGCUCUUUCACCGCGCCGAAGCAGAUGCGGAGGCACAAGAGUGUCAACUACAUGUCACGCAGGCCAUCAGGUUCUUGCAGUCGUUCCACACGUCAAGUGUUGCAGUACAUGGCGUACGUCUCCUUAUGUCGCUUAUAGCAGAGUAUGAAAAGAUCAGAGACGGGUCAAACGAAAAGGCCACGCUAUCAGCGGACACAUCAGCCACCCAAACCUGUUCCUAUGAUUCUAGCAACACUGCUGGCAUUCCGACACUGGAGACUGACCGCACAACGCAACAGCUACCUCUAGGUCCUGAGGUUCCGCUGUCGUUUGACGAUCCGACCAUGUGGAACUUCGACAUCGAUACUCUGGGCUUUGAAGACCUGAUGGACUAUCUGCCUUCAGAAGGCUCGUUGAACAAUAACGUCUUCAACGCCAGUAUGUUGUCAGCCAAUGGAUGGCCAAUGUGGUAGCUCUUACCUCACACACCAACAAUCGUUCUUACCAGUUUCGCGCUUGUUCCUUCCGUCACGAAAAGAAAGUGGUCUGACACCAAGGUGGCUCCUCCCUUACUGUACGUUUACAGAACACUCAGUCUGCACAAGUCGCCAACUCAAAACCUGCAUGCUCUCGAAUGAGCAUUUUGACUCGGUUGCGCAGGCCUACUUCAUAAUCGACGCAGAUAUGUCUCAGGACCCCGAACUCGACAAGAUGCUUGUGCUCGAUGCACUGAGUAGCGGCCUCAACAUAUCCAUGACA